AUGAUUGUAGUCACAGCGGCAUUGCUGCUAGUACCGGCGUUCUUGCUGAAGAAGCUUAUGUUUCCGAACUUCGAUCCUCGUGAACCCCCGGUGCUUCGUCCGAGGCUGCCAGUUUUCGGCCAUAUUAUCUCCCUCAUCAGAGAAUCAGGCGGCUUCUAUGCCAGGUUGUAG